GACCUCACAAACAAUAUGAAGACUAUUUGGCUCCUGACUUUCUGUGCGCUGGCCGCUUCGGUCUGUGCUAUCCCUGAGUCCGAACGGGAGAAUGGAGAGAAUGGCUGGUAUAUACCCAGACAAGAUGGCAGCUUCUUUUGGAUGGACAAGGAUGACGCAGAGCUUCGGCUUCAAGAACUCGAGAUGCAAGAGACGCGCGCACUGACCACAACUCCCGUCAAAUUCUACCUGUUCACUAAGUCGAACCCCACCAAGGGCACCAAGAUCACAGCGACCAGCAAAUCCAUUGCAAAAUCAAACUUCAAUGCCAAUAACCCAACCAGAGUUAUCAUUCACGGCUGGACCCAGAGCAGUUCAUCGGGCAUGAACAAGAAUAUUCGUGACGCCUGGCUAAGCAAUGGUGACUACAACGUCAUCGUCGUGGACUGGGCUCGUGCACGUUCUGUCGAAUACGCUUCCUCCGUUGUGGCUGUACCCACCGUGGGCAAGAAGGUCGCCAACAUGAUCAACUACCUUGUCUCCGACCAUGGAUUGAGACUCGACACUCUGUACGUCAUUGGACAUAGUUUGGGCGCCCAUGUCGCUGGCUAUACUGGCAAGAACACCAACGGCCAGGUGCAUACCAUCAUCGGUCUGGACCCCGCUCUGCCCCUGUUCAGCUACAACAAGCCCAACAAACGCCUCAACUCUGACGAUGCCUUCUACGUCGAGUCCAUUCAGACCAACGGCGGCAAGCUGGGCUUUCUCAAGCCCAUUGGCAAGGGCGCUUUCUACCCCAACGGAGGCAAAACCCAGCCGGGUUGCGUCAUGGAUGUGCUGGUGCCUGCUCCCACGGCCGCUCCGUGACCUACUAUGCUGAGGCUGUCUCUCAGAACAACUUUGGCACCAUGAAGUGCGGUGACUACGAGGCAGCCG